AUGGAUGAGAAUGGCUCAUUGGCGAGGUUGCCAACCAAUUUGGCCGCUAUGACGCUUCAUGAUCAUACAGAGAAGAAUGCUGAGUCGCUAUGGUCGCUAUUAUACUAUGUUAGUUCUAAAGAUGGUCAAUAUCUGAAAGAUUUGUUCCCACUAGAGGAAGAUUCAAACAUCCCAAAAAAUGAAGCACAGGCUAUUUUGGAUAAGACUUCAUAUUUCAAAACUAGAGACCAAGAAAAAAUCACACACAUUGGAAGAAAUUGUGGUAGAAAAUUCAAAAGAGGUGAACCAAUUUACCGCUGUUUGGACUGUUCUUUUGAUAACACUUGUGUUUUGUGUGUUCAUUGUUUCAACAAAGAAGAUCAUCAUGGCCAUCAGGUUAGUGCUGCUAUCUGUUCAGGGUCAAAUACUGGUAUAUGUGAUUGUGGUGAUCCAGAAGCAUGGAAAAGGGAAUUACACUGUAAAUGUAAUUCAAAAGCUAUGGAGGAAGAUAAUACAACAUCAUCUGUAUUUGAUGCUUCAUAUGAACUCUAUCUACAAAAAUUAUUUGAUACACUUUUGGAUUUUAUCAUUGAAGUAUUUGCUAAUCAAAAUCAAACCAUUCCAGUUGUCAAUAAAAAGUUGAAAACACUUCUUAGUUCCAGCUCCCUAGAUAAGAAGGAUGAAGCAAAACAACUCAUACAAGAUGAUAUUGAGAAAAGAGUUUUAAAAGAUAACAAGUACAAUGAUAUGUCAACUGCCAAAAAGAUGUUUGUCGUUCUUUGGAAUGAUGAAUUCCAUAAUUUCCCAGAAGCACAAUCUGCUAUUAUUAGUGCCACACAUGAUUCACCAACUGCUGCCAAAUUAAUUGCAACUCGUGUUGACAGUGAAGGUAGAACUGUUCUACUUGAAGGUACUUCUUUGGAUAGACUCAUAUCGGGUUACAGUAGUGUACAAUCAAAUGGAUUAACUGCCACUGUCAUGUCUGAAGCUGACUUUUUGAGACAAGAUUAUUCAAAGAGCAUUAUAGAUUGGAUUUUAGAUGCCAUCAAUUUACCGAAUGUUGGUUUUCAAAGGAUUGCAAGAAGAGCGUUAUGCAAAUCGUUAUGUGCUACAUUUGACUCGGAUGAUGCUGUAUCGCCAUGUUGGUCGUCCUUAUAUAGUCAAGUUUCUGGACUUUUAAAUGCAAAGAAUCUCCCAUAUGUUGCACAUGAAAGCAUUGAUCCAAACAAAGAUGUACCAUCAGCAGAAACUACAGUUGGUGAUAUAUCAAAUGAAGUGAACUCAUUGGCUUCUCAAACUAGAUUACAAUAUUUAUUAUUUUUUGAUAUAAGGUACUGGAAGGUUUUAAGAAAAAAAGUUCAUGAUUUAUUGAUCCCACCAUUGGUAUCUGAUCUGGAGUAUAAAAUCAUUGCAGCUGAUCAAAUUGUUGAAAUAUAUGGGUUAUUGAUUAAUGGUCUUUCGAAACUAGAUAGGGAACCUCAUUUGAAUUCAUUGGAUGAAAUUGCUUGUCAGUUUUUUACUUGUCCAACCAAUUCAACAAAUGUUGUUGGUUCUGACAAGAUUAGAGAUGUUUUGUUCCCAGUUAUUCAUUUAUUUGAGAGCUUCUCAACUACAAAUAUGAACCAUGAUAGAAAAUUCAAAAUUCCGCAUAGAGCAAUUGAUAAAUCAACAUCAUUUAGAAAAGCAUUUUCUCGUACCAUCAAUGACUUGAUCUAUUUAUUUGAGAAGACAACCACUUUAAAACACUUUUUUGAAUCUCAGAAUUUCCUUGGGUUUUGCUUUUUAAUUCGUUUGUUUGAUAGUAAUUGGUGUAUUGAAAGAAAAACGGGUGAACAUGUGGAAGUGGAAACAUAUGCCUUUGUUGAUUAUUUUAGUUAUGCCUUACAGCUUUUAGGUGUUAUUUAUGGCGCUAGUGAUCCUACAAAAUUGGCUGAAAUUGAUGGUACGUUAAUUACUGAUGAUAUUAGAAAAUUGGUCCAUCUUUUGUCUUUAAAUGAACAUUCUACAAAAACUUUCAAGACCCAUAACUUGAUUGAUUUCCAAGUAUCAUCCCAACCAACUGGUUUUAUGAAUCCAUCAAAUGUCUUCUUAUCAAGAUUGAUUGAAAGUGUGGCAAAAUCAUCUAAAGAGAUUACACAAUUAGCAGCAGGUUAUGAUUUUUUACAGAUAACAGACUCCUCCUUAAAAGCGGUUGUUUUGUGUGCACAAAUUGAAUCCCAAUUUUGGGUCAGAAAUGGAUUAAAUGCUUUAAAACAAGCCAAUACAUACAAAUCACCUCAAUUGAUGUAUGAUAGUGUCUAUUACAGAGAUAUACAUUUAACACAAGUUGCAUUAUUGGCUACAGAUCCUGAGCGUGCAUUUUUGAAUAUUAUUGAUAGAUUUGAGCUUUUAAAUUGGUUUUCAAGUGAGGUUCAAGUAUCAGGAACGGUUUAUGAAGAUAAGGUAUUCACCAUUAUUGAAAAAUUGAUUUCUUUCCUUUAUGUAUUAUUGUCUGAACGUUCCUUAUUUAUGGAGUUUGAAUCAAAAGAUAAAAGUACUCGUCACAAAUUGAAACAAGUUUUAAUCUAUAGUUUAUUUGCAGAACCAUUAACAUACUCUGAGAUGGAAGAAUCACUUUAUGAAGAGCUGUCAGAGUUUGAAGGAUUAGAUGAAGUUUUGAACGAAGUUUCAGAGUUUACUCCACCUAGAGGUUUGAAUGAUGACGGUCGUUACAAAUUAAGACCUGAAUACUAUAAACUUGUUGAUCCGUUGAAAUUGUUGGCACAGGUCAAAGAUUUUCAAGAUAAUACAAUGAUCAUCAGCAAAACUUUAUCAAAACAAAAUAAAGUAGCAGCAGAUGAUAUUGUUAUUGAGCCAAAAUUGUCAAAAUUAGAACCAUUCAAAGAGCUUGGUGAUUUUGCAAAGACUAAGGAAUUUGCUAAGUUUGUCUACAAGCUGUUGGAGUUUGCUAUUCAACACGAUCAAGAAUCUUAUGUCCCUCAACUUUUACAUUUGUUGCAUGGUGUUUUUAAAGAUGAUGAAUUAUACAAUGGCCAAAGCUUCGUCAGUGAUGCUUUUAUUCAAAUUCCGAUCUGUGAAUCUUUAUUUGCAAUUUCAACUUCGGCUAAUUUUUCUAAACAAACCACUAGGAAGGCUGAUUAUUUGUUAGAAUCACUUCUAGUGAAAGACAGUCAAACGUUUUUCGAUAGUUUGUUAUCAUGUUUUGGUGAAGAAGCGGUUAACUCUUAUAAAGAAAAGAAAAAAUCAGUCGGUGUCAACUUUGAUGAAACUGAACCAGAACGCAAAAGAAGGUUGGCCAAAGAACGUCAAAAAAAAAUUAUGGAAAAAAUGUCCAAGAAGCAAAAGAUUUUUAUUGAAAAAAAUGACGAAGAACCUCAAGUUUAUGAAUCUGAAGGCUCUGUUGAUCCGGGAGAAGUUAGAAGUUGUGUUUUUUGUCAAGGGUCUGAGACUAAGCUGGAACUUUUUGGGUUUCCGAUCUCAUAUGUCAAGUCUUCUGUGUUCAGACAUUUACCAGCUGAUGACAAAUAUUCUGUUAAAAGAGCGUUCACAAAUUGGGGUAGUGAUUCCAUUGGUAAUAAUUCAGGUGCUAUAGGUAUAGGGUUUCCAUUAGAGGACUCAGAGGGUAGAAAUUACGAUAGCUUACAAAUUGCUACAUCAUGUAAUCAUGGUAUGCAUUACAAGUGUUUGAGAACUUAUAUGAAUGAGCAUAAUCGCUCUACUCCAUCUUUUGCAUGUCCCUUAUGUAAAACUUAUCAUACUCAGUUUUACCCAGUGAUUCCUGGUUACAGCCAUUUGGAUCUCAAAAGUUCUUCAGAAAUUGAACAGUUACCAACAUUCCUGGAUUUGUUCAAAACAUCGGGUAGUGAACUGACAUCAACAUAUUUAAUUGAAUAUCAUGAAGCGUUAGAUCUUUUGCAAAAAAGCUCAAAAUACAAAAAUAUCACAAAUCACUAUGACCUCCAAGCAUUUCAUCUUAAGAAGCUCACCAAUUUUUUUGCCUCAACUAUUGAUCAAACUGAAAUAUCUACAAGAAUCAAUGGCUCAACUGCAUACACAAAUUUUUUGAACCAGAUUCCUCAGCAAUCUUAUAUGGUCUUAAGAGCUUUGUUUGAAAGUCUCGGGCUAGUCCAAGGUACAUUAAGUUAUUUUGAAUCAAAUGUUAAAGCUAAACCAGCGUCUUUCACCCAUCAAUUUUUAUCUGCAUUCAUCUACGGUAAAGGUUCACUUUCUAAGGUUAAAGAUCUUUUAAGAAGUCAUUAUAUUUAUAAUCUUGGGUCCUUAAUCAAUAGAGCUCAAAAAUUUGGUGAAUUUCCUGUCGGUGAUAUUAAUUCAUCCAUCAAAGAUUCUGAUAUUACCGCUUCAAGAGAACUUAUUAAUAAUGUGAAAUUAGAUGGGAAAUUGGCAAAGUCAAAAUUUUUACAAGAUGAUCAAUUUGCUUACAAAAUAAUUCAAAUGGCACAAGCUUUACUUGUUCCUGCAGUAAGAAGUAUUUGUAUCUUUUUGAAGGUUGUCAAUCCUGAAUUCCAAAUCAAUCAUCAAGCCUCUGAAGACAAAAGUUCUUUAAAUAUACUGUUGAAUAGUUUAUUUUCUCAAGAGUUUACUGAAAUAUUGGAAGCGUUAAAACCACAUAAAUUAGGGAACAUCCAUGUUAAAGGAGCUGGUAAACUUCCUUAUCCAGGUGUCAUCAAGUUAGUUGAUUUACCAUAUGAAUUAAAUUACUUCACAACUGAAACCAACUCCUCGUCUGUUAUUCCAAUAAGAUUUGCAGAUGAUGAUGAAGUGCAGAACAGUGGAAACAGAAUUGAUUUCUGUAUCUGCUUGACCUGUGGUAAGAAAGUAUUUAAGGGGUUUGAAGGAUACGGAAUGACAGAACAUACAGCAAAAGAUGAAUGUGAUAGUGGUCCUGAUGCAUUAUUUUUGAUUCCAAACACUGAUGUUGUUCAUCUUGUCAGUGAUACUUCAAUUGGUCGCUACGCCAAAGCUGUUAAUGCUCCUUACUUGAAUGCACAUGGUCAAAGUGGUGCCAAAGCUGUUCAAAAUGGUCAGUUAACCAAAUUAAAUAUUGAGAGAUAUAAGUAUUUGAAUAACUUGUGGCUGAGUGGUUCAAUUUUCUCAUACUUAAGCAGAAAUUCAAGUCCAACAUUACCAAGAUUUGGUAUGGGUAAUUUGACAGAACAAACAUUUUGGCGUCAAUUUUUGAAUACAGCAAGGGCAGAUUUAGCUGCUGAUAUGGGCGGUGAAGGUCCUUUAAUUUUGGAUCUUGCAAAUAACAUUGUUGGUGACGAUGGAGAUGAUGGUGAAGAAGAUGAUGAUGAAGAAAUGGGUGGAUUAGGUAAUUUUAUUGUUGAUGAGGAUGUUGAAGAGGAAGAAUUUGAUGAUGAUGACGAUGAUCAAUAUGAUGGAAUUGAAGGACGUGCCCCUGUUUCACCAACUACUGGGUUCUCAUCCGAUGAAGAUGAUGCAGAUGAAUGGUUCGGUAUGGAUGAUGAAGAUGAAUUUGAUGAAGAUUCUGAAAUGGAUGAGGACUUUUUGCCUGGGGAAGUUGACCGUUUUCAAGAAAAUACAAGAAUGGCUAAUUUGGGGGAUGAGCCAGAUUUUGGUGAAUUGGAUGAUUUUCCUGAAAGUGAUGAAAGUUCUUUUGACACUGCUAAUGAAAUGGAUAUCGACAACACUGCUGAUGGACCAUCUAGCAAUGACGUCGGAUAUGGAGAUGGUGUUGAUGAAGUGGAUUGA